AUGUCCCACAAGCACAAGACCGAGGCCAAGACGGUCUCGGAGCGCAUGAAGUUCCAUGGGCUGAAGAAGCUAAAGUGGUGGUGCCAGCUGUGCGAGAAGCAGUGCUACAGCGACUAUGGCUUUGAGGACCACUCCCGAAGCGAGGGCCACAGCCGGAUGGUGAUGCUCUUCCAGCAAAACCCCUCCAAGUACAUCCAGCGCUUCAGCGACGAGUUCCAGGAGUCCUUCAUCGACAUCCUGCGGACGCGCUACGGCACCAACCGUGUCAAUGCCAACCGCGUGUACCAGGAGUUCAUUGCCUCCGACAAGAAGCAUGUGCACAUGAAUGCCACCCGCUGGACUACCCUGUCGGACUUUUGCCAGUAUCUCGGCCGGGAGGCCGUGUGCCGGGUGGAGCCUGGCGACGAGAACGAGCCCCACGGGACUUGGUACCUGGAGUGGAUUGACCGGGAUCCGCUGCGCAUGCGCCUGGAGAAGGAGGCCGAAAUGCACGCCCAGCGCCGAGCCCAGGCCGAGUCCAACCGCCGGCGGGAUGCGCUGGCCGCGGCCGAGCGGGCCCGGCAGGCCGCCAUCCAGGCCGCCAUCGACGCUGGCCAGGACCCGGCCGAGUUGGAAGUCCGGCCGACUGACCUGGCCUGGACCGACGAGCACCAGGAGGCCCUGGCAUCGCAGCUGCAGCUGGGCACCGAGGCCCCGGCCGAGGAUGCGGCCGCGACGGUCGCCGAUGCGGCCGCCUCCGGCCGGGCUCGCCGGGCCUUGCUCCACAGCGACAGCGAGGACGAUGGCCCGGAGGAGGAGGACGAUCGGGACCCCUACGGCCUCGAUGGCCCGGGGGACUUGGCUGCCGCGUCGGCUUUCUCCUCGGGGCCGGGGUUCGUUGCCGCCCCAUUGCCCCGGGGCCCGGGCUCCGGCCACGACCGGAGCCUCGACCGCGGUCGGAGCACUGGGCGUGGCCCGGAACUCGACCGCGGCCGGAGGCCCGACCGUGACCGAGACCUCGGCCGCCAUCCGGACUUUGACCGCCGUGGCCGGAGCCCCGACCGCCGUGGCCGGAGUCCCGACCGCCGUGGCCGGAGCCCUGAUCGCCGUGGCCGGAGUCCCGACCGCCGUGGCCGGAGCCCCGACCGCCGUGGCCGGAGCCCCGACCGCCGUGGCCGGAGCCCCGACCGCCGUGGCCGGAGCCCUGACCGCCGUGGCCGGAGCCCCGACCGCCGUGGCCAGAGCCCCGACCGCCGUGGCCGGAGCCCCGACCGCCGUGGCCGGAGUCCCGACCGCCGUGGCCGGAGCCCCGACCGCCGUGGUCGGAGUCCCGACCGUCGCGACCGGACUCUCGCCCAUCGCAGCCGCAGCCCGGAUCGCCGUCGCAGCCGCAGCCCGGAUCGCCGUCGCAGCCGCAGCCCGGAUCGCCGUCGUAGCCGCAGCCCGGAUCAUCGCCGCCGCGAUCGUAGUGCCGAUCGCCAGAGGAGCCCUGCUGGCCGCGGCCGAAGCCUCGAGCGCCAUCGCAGCCGCAGUCCGGAUCAUCGCCGCCGGGACCGGAGCCCUGGUCGCCGGGACCGCAUCUUCGAACACGACCGGCAAGCCGGCGGCCUGGGCACUGCCAGCAUCUAUCCGGCCGGCUUGCCGGCUGAUGCUUGGCUGGCGCCGGGGCUGCUGGUGUCGGUCCGGCCCGAUGUGGCCGAGCUGCCGAAGCACCUCCAGGGAGCGCGGGGUCGCGUGGUCGAGGUGUUUGACCAGUUCGGCGCCGUGUUGGAGACUCUGCCCGCCGAGGGUGCCAGCGGCCGGCCCACCAUCUUGCGGCUGGACCAGGACGACCUGCGGCCAGCUCGGCCGGGGCCGGACACCCGCCGGGCCGCGGUGCUGGCUGGACCGCACCGUGGUGUCGUGGCCCGGAUCGAGCGUGUCACCGGAGACACGGCCGCCAUUCUCUUGCCUGGCACGGGCGAGGUCGCGCCGGUGACCGUGCCCCUGACCGCCCUGUGUCGGCUGGCGUAGACUCGGCCCGCCGUGAGCACGGAAAAAAAAAUACACCAAGAUCUCGAA